UGGUUUGUGUUUGUCCCCACAGACUUCUCCAAACACAUGCCAGGUGCUCAUGGGAGCAGGCACCUGGGGCCAGGGACACAGGUGACACACAGGCGCCUGCACAGCCGCAUGUGUUGAGUGGCUUGGGCAGUGGCUGGAUGACAGUCUGCCCUGUCCCAAGCUUGGGACAAAAGGAGGGCCGGCUUCCUGGCCCUGCGCGUCCGCCAGGGCCUUCCCUCUGCGUGCGCCUCGGGUCUCUACCACUUCUCAUGAAGGGACAGAAUCAGCUUCUCAAAGGCCCCGUCUCCCAAGCAGGGCCACGGCAGGGGUCAGGGCUUUGACAUACGAAUCUGGGGACCCAGUUCAGUCCCAAGCCCUGCCUUGCUCAGGCACACGCUCUGGUCCCUGCACGUGCACUCAGCACCCUCACUGUGGCCACUGGCCCUGGGGCAUCUGGUCCAUCACAGCCACUGGACACUGCACUGGACACUUGGACUGGUGACCACACACUGGAGCCUGGGCGCCACCAUUCCUCUGCACCUGAUGUCCACGAGAAGGUCCAGGCUGUGAGGGGGCCUGUCUUCUGAACCAAUGUGUUACCUCAGUUCACCCACAUGCUCUGGGCACCCUUUUGCUGAGGAGCUGAGGAUUGGCAUUAGUGGGGCCUGCAGGGGUAGCCAUCCUCUCCUAUUGGGCCUGUCCUGUGCGGGGAAGCCCUUAUAGCCACAUCCUGCAAGGAAAAACCCCAGACUCCUGCGCCGCCAGUGGAGACGAGGAUGUGUGUGGGGGCUCAGUGGCCCAGGGCGCCCCAUUCAGCCGUCCUGCUCCUGGGACUUGUGCUGGGCGCCGCGGCCCGGCUCAGCUGUGGUGGGAGCACCUACCCUGAAGGCAACAGGUGCUGUAACGAGUGCCUGGCAGGCUAUGGGAUGGAGAGUCGCUGCAGUGGCCACAGCGACACAGUGUGCAGCCCUUGUGAGUCCGGCUUCUACAACGAGGCGCCCAACUACGAGGCCUGCAAGCCGUGCACGCAGUGCAACCAGAAAAGUGGGAGCGAGCCCCAGCAGAGAUGCACGGCCACACAGGACACCGUCUGCCGCUGCAGGCCGGGCACCCAGCCCCAGGAUGGCUACAAGCGUGGAGUGGACUGUGCCCCGUGCCCCCCAGGACACUUCUCCCCAGGCAACAACCAGGCCUGCAGGCCCUGGACCAACUGCACCUUGGCAGGAAAGCGCACACUGAGGCCAGCCAACGGGAGUUCCGACACCAUCUGUGAGGACAGGACCCCCCCAGACACACCGUCCCGGGAGACCCAGGGCCCCCCAGACUGGCACCCCACCACCCAGCCCACUGCUGCCUGGCCCAGGGCCUCCUGGGAGCCCUCCACACCCCCCACAGAACCCCCCAGGGGUCCCCAGCUGGCCACCGUCCUGGGCCUGGGCCUGGGCCUGCUUGCUCCUGUGGCCACAGCUCUUGCUCUGCUCCUGCACCACAGGGCCUGGCGGCUGCCACUCAAAAGGGGAAACAGCUUCCGGACCCCCAUCCAAGAGGAGCAGGCCGAUGCCAACUCCACGCUGGCCAAGAUCUGAGCAGCGACUGCUGGGGUGAGAGCUGGUACCAGGGGCCCAAACAGUCUGCCUGACCUCGAGGGGGCAGUGGCAGCAUCCCCAGGCACAGACCACCAGAUCCCGUUGCCACAGGGUCCCCCUGCCUGUCACCCAUCACCCCAUUACCCUGUGUCACAUCACCCCAUCACACCUCCACCCUCUCACCCUAGUCACCCCAUCACCCGUCGCUCCCCAUCCUGCUGCCCACUGCCCGCCCUGCACCGUUUUAGGUGCUCCUGGGCUGGCUCCUGGGCUCUGCUAUGUAUGCCAUGCAUACCCCUGCCCAGGGUGGCACCCCUCUUCCCAAUAAACGAUGUUGGCACACAUGGGUCUCUGACUGGCACCAGUGGGCUGGGGGCUGUGCACAUCUGACUAGGGCAGGCUGUGGGUUAGGGGCCUCAAGCAGACCAUGCCAGACCCCCGGGCCACUGUCCUGCCCCAGUCUCUGGGCCCAUCCCAGUACCUGCCAGUGGGUGGGGCCCAAAUUACUAUCCUGGGAGGUUCAGUGAUGGGGGCCUGCUGGGCAAGUCCCGGAGCUGCUGCUGCGGUGAGACCCCAAACCCAGGUGGGAGGCCUGAGGGUGGGGCCGGGGCUCCUGGGCCAGGACACUCGAGGCGGGCUCUUGGGUCUUUGCCCUUCUUCCUUCUUCUGGCCCCUCAAGUGCCAUGUCCUGUGAGAGCUACUGUGUGGUGAACCCCAGGAAUGCCCACCGAUGCCCGCAGGCCCCCCGAGGCACCCGAGGCCAGCUGGGUGCCUUCCAGUCUCCGAAUGGGCAGACCUGGUGUCUCCAGGCGUGAAUGAAAGCAGGCAGCUCCGAGCAAAAGGCCCCGAGACAGAAGGACCCGGCCGCUGUGGGCACUGGGCAAGUGCCUCCUGAGCCGGCCAAGCAGGGGCAGGUCUUCAGCUCCCAGGCUGAUCCUGCUGGGCAUCAUGCCUGCUGGCAGGUGCCCAGCACCACUGCUGCGGCCCUGCAGGCCAGGCGCUCUGACCCUCUGUGCAGUGUGGAGGCUCCCGGUCUGUAUGGCAGAGCCUCAGUGCCUCCCCACCCUGCCUUAGUCCUUGGGCAGCUUUGUCCCCAGAGUCACUCGGAUGCCCGUCCGUCCCCCAUGCAGACCCCAGUCCCAGUGCUGGCCCGUCUGGUGAGCGUGCGCUCCUGGGUCCCUGCGAGCUGCUGGCGUGGGCUCAUCAGUGAGCACAACAGGGCAACCCUGCGCUUGGGUCGGGCAGCAAAUCGGCACCCCGGGUCUGGGGCCGAUGCUCCCCAGGACAGCCUGGAGAGGCCGUGGACCUGAUAGAGGGGCUGUGAGGGUGGGCAGGGGAGGAGGGGCCAGUCCUUGGGGCCUGGAAAGUCGAAGGUCAUGGGGAAGGGCUUCCUUCCCAAACCUCCAGCUGUUCCCCUGGCCAGGACACCCCCUGCCCCUGCCCGGCGGUCCAUCUCUGCCAUUGGAUGGAGGAAAUUGGUCACCUCUUUGCUUCCACACUGCCCCUUUAGCACACUCCCCAUCCCUCUUGCCCCGUGUCCAUCUCUGCUGAAAAAUCCC